AUGAUAUUUGUCAAUAAUUACAUAAUUGAGUUAAACGUGAUUGAAAAGAGAUAUCCCCCAAAACCGCAGGAGCUGAUAAAAUGGAGUGGCCCACCUGGUUCUAUUGUCAAGAUCAAUUUUGACGGUGCGUAUAAUGGGUGUCACUACAAAUCGCCAUCGAGUAUUGUGUCCAAAAAUGCUGAAGGGAUCGCUCUUCUUUCCUACUCAAAGACCCAAAAAGGGGUACCCUCCGCUUUCGCUGCCGAAGCACUUGCAUGCUGUAAAGUAGUUCAAAUAGGUAUUGAAAUGCAGUGGCUGGAGAUCAUUAUUGAAAAGGACUCAUUAGCCAUCAUCAAAAAGUGUCAAUCAAAAAGUCAAGAUAGAUCACAAGUAGGAGUGUACAUUCACGAUAUUCAUAAGAUAAUAGACAAAUUCAACAAUAUUGUGUUCAAACAUACUCCGAGAUCAGAAAAUGGUUUAGCCCAUAUACUAGCAACAGAAUCUCUGAAGAAGACGGAGGAGUUUUACCUGUUAAAGAAUGUCUCUGGGUAUGCCGAGAAGCAAAAGAUUGCUAACUGGAUGCGAGAACCAUAUUGA